AACUUAUUAAAUAGAUUAUGGCAUCUACAAUUGUUAAUGCUAGCAAAUCAAACGGAAAGGAUGGCAAAGAAUCAAAUAUCAAGGUUUUCGUUCGUUGUCGUCCCAUGAAUUCAGCAGAACAGAAGAAACAUGCACUACCUGUUCUUAGUCUUAAGAAAAACGAAGUUGUUGUCCGCCAAGAUAGUUGCAAGCAGUUUACUUAUGAUCACGUUUUUGGUCCAAAUAGUACCCAGCUUGAAGUGUUUGAAGCCAUAGUUCACCCAAUGAUUCAAGAAGUGCUACUUGGAUACAACUGUACAAUGUUUGCGUACGGUCAAACAGGAACUGGUAAAACGUUCACAAUGGAAGGAGAGCGAUCAACUGGACUGCAAGGGAAUUGCUCGUGGUCCGAAGAUCCCUUCUCGGGAAUCAUACCUCGAACUCUUCACAUGCUUUUUGACAAAUUAGAAGGACAAGAUUUCAACGUCAGAGUGUCCUACAUUGAAAUUUAUAAUGAAGAAAUAAUGGAUCUGAUGGCUGAUAAUCUGGGAUCAGACUGUGCACAAAAAGUUAAAAUAUUUGAAGACAACAACAAAAAGGGAGCAGUCAUUUUGCAAGGGGUGGAAGAAAUAACCGUCAAAUCGAAAGAGCACGUCUACGCCAUUUUGGAAAAUGGAUCCAAGCAGCGGAAGACAGCCGAGACUCUGAUGAAUGCGCACUCCAGUCGAUCGCACUCUGUGUUCAGUAUCACAGUUCACAUGAAGGAGAACAACGAACAGGGAGAAGAGGAAUUGUUACGAACUGGCAAGCUCAACUUGGUUGAUUUGGCUGGAAGUGAAAACAUAGGCAGAUCGGGCGCCGUAGAAAUGCGAGCACAAGAAGCGGGAAGUAUUAACAAAAGUCUCCUCACUCUCGGAAGAUGCAUAACAUCCCUUGUAGACAAGAAACCACAUGUGCCUUACAGAGAGAGCAAACUAACGAGGAUUUUGCAAGAUUCUCUCGGAGGCAGAACAAAGACAUCCAUGAUUGCGACAGUUUCGCCUGCUUCUCAUAAUAUAGAGGAGACUUUGAGUACCCUUGAAUACGCUCACAGGGCGAGGAGGAUAACGAACAAGCCGGAGAUAAACCAGAAGAUGACUAAGCCGGCCAUGAUCAAACAGUACAUGGAGGAGAUAGAGCGACUGAAGAGGGACUUGGCGGCCCAGAGGGAGCAAAAGGGCAUAUUUGUGUCCAAGGAGAACUACGAGACGAUGGAGUCCCGACUGACUGAGCAGGACAACUACAUCCAGAGUCUGGAGGAGCAGAUGAGUGAGUUGAGCGAGGAGCACGAGAGUGUGAAGAACAAGUUCGCCGGUGCAGAGUCCAUCAUCAAAGCCAAGGAACAGUUGAUAGCCGAGGGGGAAAUGAAAUUGGUCGCCACUGAAGCGAAAUUGGUUGAUUCGACUGAAAGAUGUAUGCAACAGAAGCACGUGAUUGCUCAACAGGAAACAAACAUCUCAGAGCUGGAAAACUACUCCAAGCAGUUAAUAGAACACAUAAAAGAAGAGCAAGAAGACAAGACUAAACUGCAGACGAGUGUAAAGAGAAAGAUAGGCUUGGAGGAGGGCAAUGAACAAGCGAAGGGACAGUUUGCGAAUAACAUGGAGGGCUUGUGGGGCAGAUCACAGCAGUCGAUUGAUCAGCUGAUUCAGUCUAACUGCGAACAGUCACAACAGCUGAACUCUUUUAUUGAUGUGAAGGUGCAACAACAAUGCAAUGACAUGAUGAACACAUACAACAGCAUAGUGGGAUCUAUGACAUCAGAUAUGAAGAUGACUCUCAAUCAACUACUAGACACGUGCUGUGAUAAUGGGAUUGAUGAGAUAGUGAAAAUAGUGGUGCAUCAUUUCGAACAGAUCAAGAUCAAAAUUCAGCAGAACUACGACAGUCUCAAGUCAGAACUAGAACACAAGAUGUCAAGUGAACGUGAGAAAUUGAAUGAGCUCAAAAACAAUUUACUCGAGUUGGAAGAACUAGAAAACGGGAGACAACAGAAACUGGGCGAACAAAAGAACAGCAUGAAUGAAGUGAGGCAGAACUACAGUCGUAUCCAAGAACAACUUCAACAGCUGCAGUCUGAGCUUACAAAGCAGAAUGAUACCCUGGCCGACAUUACAUCCAAACAAGAGAAAGUGGAGAACGCAUGCUCUCAGCAGGUCAAAUCAGCCCAACAUCAAAUAAAAGAGACAUUGGGAAGUUACGAAUCAGCAAUAAGUUCCAACUUCGAGUCUCUCUCGUCCUCUCAUCUGGCUAAGAAGGGCGAACUGGAGAGGACUGUGGGCGAGACUGAAGGUCACGUGACAGAGGAGUGUGGCAGAGUGAAAGGAAAUUUGAAAGAGUUCACGGAGAAAGCGGCCGAAAACGUGAAGACCUCCGCCUUCAACUUGGAGACGAAAAUGAGUGAGUUCCAAAGUGCAAUCACAGCUGCGAAUGAGGAAGUGAAGCUGAAGUCCAAAUGUGAGUGGAUGGAGAUAUCGAACGAACAGUUGAUUGGGCUGAAAGGUCAACUGAGUGGACACUUGGAAGAGGCCACUACGUUUGUGAAAACAGAACUGAAGAAAGAUGAGCCCACGGGAUCCACUCCGCACUCCAAACCCCACAGAGUGCCGAACGAGAUAGUAGCUGUGAGGAAGUUGAGCGACAUAGAGAGUGAAUACUUGAGCUCGAGGACUAAAAGACAUCUUGACAACGGAGGAGAAAACAUCAGUGGCAUACUGGAGCUGGAACAGUCCUCCGAGAAUCUCAAUGAUUGUGUGGUACAUGCCGAUGUGCCUCUUUCGGCUGAUGAAACAGAAAAAAUUGAAGGGGGUCCAAAUGCAAAGGCGGCCCCGUAUGAGCUGAAGAAGAAGAUGACGAGCGAAACUGAAGGUGGAGAAGGCGAAGAAAACGAAAAGGAUUUGAAUCAGACCAUUCCUAUGGAUCAGUUCUACCUAGACAAUAAACCAGCGAGUGAGCCCCUAUGUAAAUGGAAGGGCGGACCGAUAACUUCAGCAUCUAAAUCAGGACCAAGAAACAAAACAAGUGCCAAGAGAGCGAAAGUGAACUAUGGGGGAAAUCCAGUGUUGCCGAAGGCACCAAAGCUGUCAGGUAACAGCAAGUCGCAGAGCGAAUAGCAUUGAAACUUGAAUAUGAAAUUGAGCAAUGAUUUCCAAUAUGAUUGCAAACAUUUAGAGCUCUUCUACCAUAUCCCAUAGAUAUAAAAAUCAAUUUUAGGUGUAACCGUCAAUUUUUCGAAGUUGCAUAGGAGGUUCAAAAUGUGUUAGUAAUUGAGUAAUAAACUACAUUUCAAUGUUCAUGACAAUUGGAUAACGCAAACAAAGGACAUAAUAGAAAAAUGCAGGUGGGAGAAAAGGUAUAAGAGCCAUAUUUUGUUACUUGCUGUUAAUUUAUUGUCAAUAAGUUUCAAACUCAACCAUCAGUCGAGUUCAUCAAAAAGUUGAAACAAUCAUUAAGUGCUCGUUUCCGAGCUGCUACAUUUCAGGACUUUAUAUUUGGCUAUCGCGUGAAAAUUAUUCAAUUAUGCAAUGCUCUGCAAGAUAUCGGAAUAUUCGAUUAAUUUUGAAAUGAGCUAUUUAAGUUUUUUUUUGGAAUUGUGAUAUGUCAGCUUUGCUGCCAAAAAUUGUUUUGAAUUUGAUUACACUUGUUACAUUAUUUGUUUUAGAUCAGCGUUUAAAUUUUGAAAGUUGAUCUUAAAGUUUUGUGGCUUUUAUUGAAAUUCGUGAAUAAUGUCGUUUCCUCGAUUAUUUGAUGUACAAUAAUUUUUUGUGUUGCUGAUGUGAGAUUUUUUGUGAAUAUCAGUUUUUAAAUAAA